AUGGUUUACACAUUGCCUGGAGUCAGGUUUCCGGCUGUUCCGACGUCUGUGAAUAAGUCGAUUGCAUCAUCGUCAACUUUUCAAUUCGAUCGGAACGUCAAUAAUUUCUGUUCAUUCUCGAGGAACGGUCCCCCGGCUUCACGGAAGAUUGUUGCUGCAAGGUCAGCUUAUGAUUCUGAAUCCCCAUCUUCCACAGUUGCCGCAUCCGAAAAGAUUCUAGUUCCAGGUGGCAAGAUUGAUGAACCUUUAUCCUCGGCUGAAAAGUUGGAGGAUGUUCAGACUGAUUUAGAAGAUCCUCAAGUUCCAGGCAGCACUGUUGAUGACACUUCAUCGUCAAUGGUUGAGCAAUUUGAUGCUUUCCAGGAUGCUACAGAGGACCUUCAAGCAUCUGGUGGAAGUGUGUUGGAACAUGGUGAUACUAGUGGCGAAGAGGAAGUUGAAGCUACAUCUAAAGUAUUAGAAGAGAUCAUUAGUAAAGAAUCUGAACAAGUAAAGAAAAGAACCAUUCCUCCUCCUGGAAUAGGGCAGAGGAUUUAUGAAAUAGAUCCUCUUUUAAGAGAUUUCAGUGGCCAUCUUGACUACAGGUAUGGACAAUACAAGAAAUUGCGCGAGGCAAUAGAUAAAUACGAAGGGGGUUUAGAAGCAUUUUCCCGGGGCUAUGAAAAAUUUGGUUUCACUCGCAGUGAAACAGGUAUUACAUAUCGGGAGUGGGCUCCUGGUGCCAAGUGGGCAACGCUUAUUGGAGAUUUUAACAACUGGAACCCUAAUGCUGACGUCAUGACUCGGAAUGAAUUUGGCAUUUGGGAGGUCUUUUUGCCUAACAAUGCAGAUGGCUCUCCAGCAAUCCCACAUGGCUCUCGAGUAAAGAUACGCAUGGAUACUCCAUCUGGAUUAAAGGACUCUAUUCCUGCUUGGAUCAAGUUUGCUGUACAGGCUCCUGGUCAAAUUCCUUAUGAUGGGAUAUAUUAUGAUCCCCCUGAAGAGGAGAAAUAUGUAUUCAAACACCCACGGCCAGAAAGACCAAAGUCACUCAGGAUAUAUGAGGCUCACGUUGGAAUGAGUAGUCCGGAGCCUUUAAUUAAUACAUAUGCCAAUUUUCGUGAUGAAGUACUCCCUCGCAUCAAGAGGCUCGGCUAUAAUGCUGUUCAGAUCAUGGCAAUCCAAGAGCAUUCAUACUAUGCUAGUUUCGGUUACCAUGUCACAAAUUUCUUUGCACCAAGCAGCCGUUUUGGAACUCCGGAUGACCUUAAAUCGUUGAUAGAUAGAGCUCAUGAACUUGGUAUAGUUGUCCUCAUGGAUAUUGUGCACAGUCAUGCAUCAAACAAUACUUUGGACGGGCUAAACAUGUUUGAUGGUACUGAUAGCUGUUAUUUUCACUCUGGCGCUCGGGGUUAUCACUGGAUGUGGGAUUCUCGCCUCUUUAACUAUGGGCAGUGGGAAGUACUAAGAUAUCUUCUCUCAAAUACGAGAUGGUGGCUGGAUGAAUACAAGUUUGAUGGCUUCAGAUAUGAUGGUGUAACUUCAAUGAUGUACACCCAUCAUGGUUUGCAGGUUGCAUUUACUGGGAACUAUAAUGAGUACUUUGGGUAUUCAACUGAUGUUGAUGCAGUUGUUUAUUUGAUGCUAGCAAAUGAUGUCAUCCAUGGGCUCUUCCCUGAUGCUAUCUCUGUUGGUGAAGAUGUUAGCGGCAUGCCUACAUUCUGUAUCCCUGUUCAAGAUGGUGGGGUUGGAUUUGAUUAUCGGCUCCAUAUGGCAGUUGCUGAUAAGUGGAUUGAGUUGCUGAAGAAAAGAGAUGAGGAUUGGCAAAUGGGUGAUAUCGUCCACACAUUGACAAAUAGAAGGUGGUCGGAGAAGUGUGUUGUUUAUGCUGAAAGUCAUGACCAGGCUCUUGUGGGUGAUAAGACGAUAGCAUUCUGGUUGAUGGAUAAGGAUAUGUAUGAUUUCAUGGCGUUGGAUAGACCAUCAACUCCUCUAAUAGAUCGUGGAAUAGCGCUACACAAAAUGAUCAGGCUAAUUACUAUGGGAUUAGGUGGAGAAGGUUAUUUGAAUUUCAUGGGAAAUGAAUUUGGGCAUCCAGAGUGGAUAGACUUUCCAAGAUGUGAUCAGCAUCUUCCUGAUGGUAGAAUCAUCCCCGGAAAUAACAAUAGCUUUGAUAAAUGUCGAAGAAGGUUUGAUCUGGGGGAUGCAGAUUAUUUGAGAUAUCGUGGAAUGCAAGAAUUUGACCAAGCAAUGCAAUAUCUGGAAGAAAUUUAUGGUUUCAUGACUUCAGGGCACCAGUAUAUAUCAAGGAAGCACGAAGUAGAUAGGGUAAUUGUGUUUGAAAGAGGAGAUUUAGUGUUUGUUUUUAACUUCCAUUGGACAAACAGUUAUUCAGACUACCAGAUAGGUUGCCUCAAACCUGGGAAAUACAAGGUAGUAUUGGAUUCAGAUGAUCCACUUUUCGGAGGUUUCAGUCGAAUUGAUCACAGUGCAGAGUUCUUCACUUUUGAAGGAUGGUUUGAUGGUCGUCCUAAUUCAUUUUUGGUUUAUGCACCUGCCCGGACAGCAGUUGUUUAUGCUCUGGCUAAUGACAAAGUAGAUCCUGUUGAAGAAUGA